CGCAGUCAGCCAGAUCCCGUUUCCUCACAAUGGCAUUUGCUCUUUUGAUCCUCCUCGCCGCCGUCGUCGGUGAGACCCUCUGCUAUCCUGCUGCUUUUGAGGACCUGGGGCUAAAUGACAGAAACAGGACCUCCAUUAAGUUCCUGGCUGUAGGGGACUGGGGUGGACUCCCUUCCCCGCCUUAUGUCACGACUGUGCAGACAACUACAGCUCAGGAAAUGAGCAACGUAGCGCAGCAGUUUGGUGCUGACUUCAUUCUGGCGCUUGGCGAUAACUUCUACUUCACCGGUGUGAAGAGUGUGGAUUCCCCACGGUUUAAGGACACCUAUGAGGAUGUGUACACCUCAAAGUAUCUCAAAGUCCCUUGGUAUGUUGUGGCCGGUAAUCAUGACCAUGCAGGAAACGUCAAAGCUCAGAUCGAGUAUUCUCAAAAGUCCGACAGAUGGAAGUUUCCCUCUUAUUACUACGAGCUGAACUUCCGCAUCCCCAACACGGGGAAGACUCUCACCAUCAUCAUGCUCGACACGGUGAUGCUCUGUGGAAACUCUGACGACUUCGCAGACGAGCAGCCCAGGGAGCCCCUGAACGGGGUGGACGCCAACCGUCAGCUGGUCUGGCUGAAGGACCGGCUGGCCCAGUCCAAGGCAGACUUCCUGUUGGUGGCGGGCCACUAUCCGGUCUGGUCCGUGUCGAAACACGGCCCCACAAAGUGCUUGGUGCGGAAGCUUCGCCCUCUACUCAUUAAACACAACGUGACCGCUUACCUGUGUGGACAUGACCACAAUCUGCAGUAUCUUGAAGAGUCUGGCGUGGGCUACGUAGUGAGUGGUGCUGGGAACUUCUUGGACCCGGACGUCCAUCACUGGAAGAAAGUCCCCAAGGGCUCUUUGAAGUUUUUCACCGGCCAGCUCUCGACUCAGGGGGGCUUCGUUCAUGCAGAGGUCACCGACAGCAAGCUGAUCCUGACCAUCUUCCAGUCCAAAGGCUCGACUCUGUACCGCACCGUCCUUUCCCAGAGGGAGUUCAAGUAGACGUCCAGCUGAGAAAAUCAUGUAUUGUGAAAAGGACUCGAUCUGUUGAAUCGGCGACAAUUCAUUCUACUUUUAACUUUGCCACAAAAUUUUCAAUGUGUUUAAAUAUUUUAAAGGAAUCAAAGUUUCAUCUGUGAAUUUAAUGUAAGCUAAAAUGUGUUUUGUAAAGUGUGGUGUAUCUUGUUUUGAUAGCAGUUUUCAAAGACUUCCUUCAGAAACUGUAUCUUCAAGAGUUUUAUUGUAUAAUUUGGUAAUGUCAAAAAAAUGACAGCAUAUUGUAUUAGUUCUCCUCCCAUUAGAUGUUGUGCAUGCUAAUGCUAUUCUUUUAUUUUGUUGUGCACACAGGGAAACUGUUCUGCUGUUUGAGAGAAAUUUAACCCCAGACCUCCCUGAAAGGCUUUAUAGCCAUUUCAUUUUAUUUUCUUCUGGAUACCUGUGCAUUCUCGUUGCAAUGGAUUUUCUUUUCCAGUGAAAUCAAUUCAAACCCUUCUCUUAACAUGUGAAGAUAAUUAAGUAAAUGUUUUAUAAAGUUUCUAAGUUGCA